AUGAUGGGGCCCUCCGAAGUGGCCUUGAGCUAUGCGCGGCACCUGGCGAGUGAAGCUGAGUUGGAGCUCUCCAUGGAGAUUCUGCACUUUGCGGUGAAGAAUGCAUGGCCAUUGCUGCCGCACAUGGCCAAGCUCUCGUCUUCAGGCUUGAGGACAUCGCUCCUUGACUUCCUGAGCUUUAACCCUGCUGUGUCCCUGGACCGUUUGGUGGCAUUUGUGCUUGGCAGCCUCACCACGGGCGAGGCGUGCGAUGCUUGCGUCGUCCAGCUCCAGGAGGCUGAGCUUCUGCUGCUGGCAAUGAGCCAGAUUUGUCAGUUGGAAGGUCAGCCCACAGGGGAACUCGAACGGCAACGACGAGAUCUCUCAUUCCUGAAGUUGGCACUUUGUGGACUAGUGCUGCCACUGCGCCUGAGGCUUUCGCUGCAGGACUUGCACGCGACAUUCUGCUCGAUGCAAAGUGGGCAGCUGCAACUGAAGGAGCUUGGCCAAUUGCUCAUGGUGUUUCAUCCCAAGUCAAGAGCCUGGUCUACGAGACUCUGGCAGUGGGCCACUGGUGAAGAUCCGAAAGAGGUCGAUUUGUCCAUGGUGCGGGAGUUCUUGAGUUCAACCAUAGCACAAUCACCUGGUCUGGAGGGCGAACUGGGCAUGGCCAUAUAUUUUGCUUUGGGCCGCGUGAUCGCCAUUGAUGAUGAUCUACUGAGUGCAGUUCGAUGGCUGGAAUCCUGUGUCGGUGGCUCAUUGCUGAGCAUCUCAACCCGGAUCCAGCUGGCGCGACGUUUGCUGUCCAGCACGCCAGAGGUGACCCUGGCUCUGGAAGCUGUGGUGGAGGAUGAAUCAAGGAGAGUGGGGCAUAGAGAUCAUCAAGUCGCGGCCAUCCUGCUCCAAGCUUGUCAAGAGGAACUGGAAUCCAGAGGAACAUCAUUGAAUGACUUGCGUUGCCACCUGAGUGGCCUCGUCACGACCGGCCUAAACUUUCUAUGGGCUAUGGCCGCCGCUAGAAUGAUCCUCGUGAAAGCGGCGGAGACGGUGAGGAGACAAACGCCACAUCUUGAAACAUCCGAAAGUGCAAUGGAACUGCUACAGCUGGAUGCAACUCCUUCGCGAAGGGCCUUCGAAGUCUUCUUGGCCAAACAAUUGAACCUGGAUCGCAUCGACCUGGCUCGCUUGCAGCGUCAAAGCGACACUUCGGAGCUGUGGCGCUUUUUGAGAUUUCCAGCCAUUCUCGAUGGUUUACCUCCACCCAGCACCUUGGGGCAUGAGAUCUGCCCCAGCGAUUGCCUGCUGAGUAUGCUCGGUGACGAGUAUUCCACUUUGAAAGAUGCUAUUUUGAGUCCCAGCACUUCUUCCAUGACCGGCAGAGCUGGACCAGUGGCUACGGUGAUGGCUGCCUUCUCCACAGCUUUUUUGAGCCACUUCCGACGCCAGCACCCCAUGCCGGCAGCUCGCGAGCUCAACCUCCAGCAUCGGGAGUUGAGGACCUUGUUGGAUGCAAUGUUGCAGAACUUUCCUCGCAGCCCUGGCUGGCAGAUCCAUGGUAAUACCACACCGGAGUGGGUGUUCAUGGUCCGCCCCAUCAUACAUAUGGCAGCAAUGAGCCAAACCGAUGCAGAACAGAGCCUUUGGUGGCGGAUAUUUUCGUCGCCUCAGGAUUUGCAACGCUGCUUGUGGCCCUUCAUGCCUGAAGAUGAAGCAGCUGCUGCUUUGGCAGCCCUCAGAGAGAACGUGAAGAUGUACACGUGUCGCUGUGGAUUCCGGUAUGCCGUUGGAGAAUGUGGCCAGCCCAUGGAACAAAGACGCUGCCCAGGCUGCAACCAACAAAUUGGGGGUCGGGAACACCGACCUGCAGCUGGCAACCGGAGGGUGGACCAGGUAAACCAGGCCGCAGCCAGACCUGGUUUCUUAGACACGAGGCACGAAGGCGACAGACAAACCUGUCGUGGUCUGAACGUGGAUCAGUUACGUUGCGCGCGGUACUUUUUGCACGGGCUGUUGAGCUUGGGUUGUGGAACGCGCUCGCAAAGUUUUGGCGGCUUGUCCGCAGCGGACCUGAUGGAGCGCAUGAAGGGAGACUGGCAGGUUCUGAGGACGCUCCACGGUUGGACCCCCGAACGUCUCUCUGAGAGGUUACACGUGUUGGUUCUCCGCGGCUACUGCUUGAGCUGCCCACACUCCACUUUGCGCCGGGAGAGCUUGGAACGGGACUGGUCACUGUUUGUGGGUGCUGCCCAGAGCACUGCCUUUACGAACAUGAACCGUGGCCGUAGCCCAGCAGAAGAGAAGCUAGCCGAGGAAUUGGAGGAGUCUCAGACCAUCAGCUGCUUGGCUUCGCGAGAACGUGAGGCCAUGCUGCCGUCGCUCCUUCGAAGGUGGACGCCGUUAGACAGUUUGCACAUGCAGGAAGAUCUACGUUCCGACCCAGCAUUGAUGGAGAAGUAUCAGCUGGUGUUCGAAGUCGUGAAUUCGGAGACAGAUCUUUUCAUUGCCUCGCAAUUGGAACCCAUUGUGUCGUUUCAGAACUUCCUUCUGGGGCGCUUUCAAGGCCGCUGGAGCAAAGUGGAGGCCCAGAAAUUGAAUGUCGAGCAGGUGUUGGAAGAGGUGCCAGCAGAUCGGGACCAAGCCGCAAAGCUCUUUGCUGCUGCCCAGAAGGCCUGGAACCUUGUUGCGCCCCAAGUGGACAGGUUUGAAUGCCAAGACAUCCAGAUCCCACAGAUGUCCGAGAACCCGCAAGAGGUUCCAAUCAUGUGGUGGCUACGCAGCGAAAGUUCAGACUGCCCCCAGUCUUUGAAGAGCUUGGUGUUGCUACGCUGGCUGGUGGACAAGCAUAAUGCAUGGUUGACCCAUGCUGCGAGAGCUCCAGAGAUGCAACACGAUGCAAUCCAAGCGCCUUGUUGUUUGACAGACGCCUUGCAGCCCUACUUCUUGCAUUAUGAGCAAGGGAAAGUGCAGCUGUGGGCAAAAGAGGCUACCCAGGUGCACUGUACUUCAAAGCCAGAGCGCUUUGACUAUGCCAUGGUGGCUGGUCGCGUGCACGAACUGUUCAUGGGCGCUCGGCCAGUGGAUCGCGACCGGAUCGAGAUGUAUAUCUUCCGCUCUGAAGGCCGUGCAGCGCGCCCACAGUUCCAGACAUCCUUGUCAGAGGCUGGGCAAGAGCUUCUCCUGCGACUUCUGAGCACCGGACCCCAGCAGGACAAGUGUUUGCAGCUUCUUUUGCAGAUGGAGGCUUGGCUUCGGGUGGCGCCUAGGAACGAUGGCAUGACCGCUGCGGAGUUCGCACGGACCAAGAUGCAUGUGGCUGUGGCAGAGCUGCCGGAGGCCCUCGACGCAUUGCUGGUGUCGCAGGUGAGUGCAGCCAUCGAGUGCUUGGAGGACGCUAGCGCCAACCCGCUGGAGUCGCUACACCCUGACUACCGAACGGAGGAGCUCUCCCCGGCGGCCAACGCGGAGCUGGCGGCGCUGUCAAUAGCUGAUCGCAGGGAUUUGAUACAAACGUUGCGUCAAUUCUUACAGACCUACUUGGGAGAUCUUCAAAAGCCUUAUCCUGAAAGCACGGAGCUUGUGGAGUUUUGGCGGGUUGAGGAAUAUGCUUGGGUGCCAGCUUUAGCAAGAACCGGACUGAAGUUAUCUUGCUUUGGCCCAGCAUAUCAGGAGUUAUUCCAGCAAACGUGGCAUGGGCUUUAUGCAGACUAUAUCAAUGUUGCAGAUGAAGUGCUUCUGCCGUAUCGCUGGCGCAGCCGCUUUUGCAGCAACGCGGGGAUCGUGGAGCUCACUGAUUUGGAUGGCACGUCUGCUGAUGACACCACGGUCGGCCGGCUGAAAGGCCUGGCGCUGAAGGGUGCUGAAGCGCAUGAAGUGCCCUUGAUCUCGGUGGCCUCAGCGGUGGUGGAGCACUGGGAGGUGCUGCAGGAGCUUCGUGCUUGGCACGUGGGAAGCUUCGCCGCCCACCUGGCCUUGCGGAAGGGUGGGCUGCGCGUGCUUCAUGGCGAAAGCUUGGAGGAGGUCCGCCUCAAAUACGAGGACAGUCCAUGGCGACAGCGAUUGCUGGUCGAUGACACGAUAGAUCCCUGGCUCGGCGGUGUGAGCUUCCUUUUGGGCAGCAGAGUGAAAGCUACUUUGUGGGACAUGGUCCGCUCGGACGAAGUCCUGAUCGCCCCUUGCCGCCGUCCAGAUGCUGGAACCACAGUGGGCAUCGUUUACUUCCCUGAAGGCUGCUACUAUUUGCUGCAGAAGUCCACCGCCACCAGGCCUCCCGGCUUCUUUGCCACCCACCAUCGCCGACCCGCGCGGGUCUUGGUCCCAAGCUUCCGGGAGCUGGGUGACCAUGGCGUGGGCGUGGGUAAUGCGCUCUUCACCUUGGCCGCAGCCAUGAGCUUGGCUGCGGAUCACAACCUGAGCUUCCGCUUGCCGGUGAGCAUCUCCUGGUUCCGCUACUCCGAAGAUGGCGGCAUUUUUUCGGAGUUGCCCUCAUCGUUUUGGUACACCAGCUUGAAUGACAUGGAUCAGAUCGUCGGCAGCCCUUCGCACAUGCGCUACGCGGAGCCACAGGUCCGAUCAGAUGCUCGAAAGGUGGUGGUCCAUGGAUACUUCCAAGAGAUCCUUCCACUUGCAGAGCAAAUCUUUUCUUUUCUGUUCACCGGAUGCGAACGCGCGAACGAACGAACGCUCACUUCAUGGGAUUUGUGCCGAGUGAGUGCACAUGCGUGUACCUCAAUGUGUGACACACGGUAA